UGGCGUCAUACCGCAACGAUCGUCCCUCUCGUGCUGUAGAUCCAACGGCUGCUGUUUCAUCGCCUUGUUCCAUUCGUCAGAUCAUGGCAAAGCUGCAGUUUCGUGAUCGCCGCAUUCAUCUGCUGCCCCGCACCAUCCUUAAGGAUGGCGCCUGCAUCCACCGACACGGCUCAACACGGGGCAUCCUUCUCACCAAGUUGGAUCUCAAGAGGGUCGUGGUCAAGACGGAGCUCCUGCCCUUCCCUGCGCCCAUCUGCUGGUCGGUCAGACGGCAAACUGAUUGAGGAAAGGAGGCAGAAUCAUCAUGCCCGCCUUGUCUGUCUGUGUGUCUGUGCCUGCUCGUGUGUGUGGCGUGUGCAGGUCAGCUGUGGCUGCCAUUGAGACCUACGACCAAUGGCUGCCAUUCUGUUCGUCGUCCAGGAUUGUGGGCAAGCGGCCGAGCGACGCCGAGAAGUUCGACUGUGUCAUAGACAUCUCCUUUACGGAGCUGGGUCUGCCCUUCAAGGAGAGCGUCAAACACCAAGUCACUGUCAAGGUGAGUGCGUGUGGGAUCCACACGCACACACACACAUACCAUGGCGUGUCCUUACUGCGGCUGUCAACUGUGUCUGGAUGCGUGUGGCUGCAUCAAUGCAUGCAGCCGUAUUCGAGCGUGAUAGCUACCGCCAACGAGACGGCCGUGAAUGCCUCCUUCCUCGAAUACGAUUGGAGUUUCCGGCCCGUCAAGCUGACGCCCAAGCUGGCCCGCCUCUCCCACCUGGCCUCCCCCGCUUCGCACCCCAGCAGCAGUGAGCAGAGCGGGACGGAGGUGACGCUCAAGUCGGUAGUGGUCUUCCGCAGUAUGCUGCACGUGCCCAUCUGGGAUGGUGUUGGGAACUAUGUGGUAGAGGCGAUGCUGCUGGCAUUCCGGGAGCGCAUGGAGCUGCUGACGCGGCACAACAACAGUGAGAAUCGGAAGAGAGAGAGGGAGAGGGGGGAGGGCAGCCAGGGGGGAACAACACGGAAAGAGGGGGAGGGCAGCCAGAGGUCAGCAGGGGAGACGUCGGCAUCGCCGUCGCCUGCAGGAAGGGAAGGGGGCAGCUAGCUUCUCUACUCAGGACAGGUAGGUUGCAUGCUGGAAGUGCAAGCACAUGUCAAGACUACCAGCGGGAGGAGAAGACCUUGGAAGAUGCGCUGGCCUUAGUACUGCUCGCGCACUUUCGUCUUCAUCUUCAGCUCGAAGUAUGGACACUUGCCACUCCUCUGGAUGGAUGGAUGAUGGAUACAGCUGAGAUGCAGGUCCAUGGCUGUGGCUGCUGCCCAUGUAUCAGGACAGGCCAUUGGUAGCAAUUGCAUCUGUUUCUCCGUGUACCUACCUGUACUUUUUCGUGGGGGCUGCGUGCGGUGGUGUGUGUAUCAUGACUGACACCUGUGUAUAUGUAGUGCAAGGACAUUUCGGUUCCCUGGAUGGAGGACGGAUCCAAGGCCAACUUUCAG